GGAAUUCCCAGCGAUCGCCGUCCCUCGUGUCCAGUCGCAACUACGCAAACAGGUUAUCAUCAUCUAUGCACAAAAAGUCUCCCAGUAAUCGACAUCACAUCUCGCAGUCUUGCGUUGAGUCUCAUCUGAGAAUGUCUGUUGCAUUUUUCUCCGUGUUCCUCCUUGUUUUCCUGGUGCAAUUCCCUCAAUCUCGUGCUCAGGAUGGAAUGAGCUACAUCGGAUCGGCAGUUGAAGCAUUUAAUCCGUGCAAAAAUGGUGUCAUUAGCAUGUAUCGUGAGAUUGGUGGUCCUCCGAAUCUUGAAAACUACUGGGAUGGUACAUUUUAUCUCGAGAACUGGCCGAACAUCCCAGAAGUCCGUAUCGAGAUCACAUUGGACGCUCCUGCGCGGAUGGAAAUUGACCCGGAUGAGGCCAGAAUCCACAUCAAUGGGCGCAGCUUCUACAUCAGCACAUUCAAAGCCCCACCGAAGAUCGACAAAGUCAAGUUCACCGUGCGGGGAAGACCACGUGGGAAAUUCCCCAACGUUGUGUCUGUGCACCUCAACGGAGCGGAUGUCUGUCCGAUGCCAGCAAAGUGGGAGCCCAGUUUUCUCGGGACAAUGGAUAAAAUUGAAACGGAUGACUUUGAGGCACCUGUGAAGACAUCCUCGGGCAAUGGGGAGUGCGGAAUCAGGAGGAUCAAUCAUGAGGGACUCAUCACAUACGGCGAGGACACUCGUCCUGGAGAUUAUCCCUGGCAUGCAGCCAUUUUCCACUUGGAGAGGCGCCAGAGGAGCUACAAGUGCGGAGGCACGAUCAUCAAUACUCAUACUGUGUUGACUGCCGCUCAUUGUGUGUUCGAGGGCGUCAGCCCAAUCACUGCCGAAAGAUUUAUCGUCCAAGUGGGAAAAUAUCACCUGAACGUGGCUGAUGACUCUGCCAAGGAAUUCACCGUCUUCAGUGUCAUUCCUCAUCCGCGUUAUGACACAUCUCUGCUCUCCAAUGACAUCGCUCUCUUGCGCCUUUCACGAGAGAUUCAAUACUCCGACUACAUCCAGCCGAUCUGCCUCUGGACUUCCAACACGAGCCUAUCACAGCUGGAAAAUCGCUUGGCCACAGCAGUGGGAUGGGGAUACACAGAGAAUGACACUGUGGCAGAUUCCUUGAGAUAUGUUCAGUUGCCCAUCGUGCCCACUCUCACAUGUCUCGAGAGCGAUCGUGACUUCUUCGGACUCUUCCUGUCGGACACCAACUUCUGCGCAGGAUACACAAAUGGCACGAAUGUCUGUUCCGGAGACUCUGGUGGUUCUCUCGCCUUCGAGGAUGAGCAGAAAGUCUGGCAUAUCAGAGGAAUUGUGUCACUCAGCAUUAGGAAACGAGACAAAAACGUAUGCAAUCCUAAACACUACGUCUUGUUCACCGAUGUGGCCAAGUAUCUGCCAUGGAUUGAGAAGGAGAGCUCCAGGAUCGCGACUGAUGGACGCAGAAAGUGAAUCAAUGGCAAAUUACUCAUGGGAUUGGGAAGACAUUUCUAGAGCAUUUUACAAUAUUUAGACGGUAUUGAAAUUCUUUCUCUUGAUUAUAGAAUCUCUCAAAUUUUUCAAUUAAAUGCAAUUAGCGAAAA